UUGCAGCAACCUGCUGUCUGCACUGCUGGGGAGUGGAUUCAGCUACCAGAAUCUGUCAGAGCCAAAGUUCAUCUUCCCGAAGCAUGACAGAUUUCGCCAGCAUGAUGUAUAAUGGCUCCCUUAACUAUAUCCCCGUCGAGCCUGACAGCAAUAGGACGACACUGGUGGACUCGCAGUCGUUAGAUGAACUGUUUAAGCUGGUACUGAAAUCUACUGUCAUGUGUUUGAUCAUGGUAUGUGCCGUAUUUGGAAAUGUGUUAGUUAUUUCAAGUGUCCUGCGGCAUCGAAAACUCCAUAUUACAACAAAUUACUUUAUAGUAUCCUUAGCUCUUGCCGACACUUUGGUUGCUUUACUGGCCAUGACAUUCAACGCUAGUGUUACCAUUGCAGGACGAUGGGUUUUUAACCAAACCACGUGCGAUUUCUACAACUCAUGUGAUGUUCUUUUCAGUACAGCGUCCAUCAUGCACCUGUGCUGUAUCAGCGUGGAUCGGUACUACGCCAUCAUCAAGCCAUUAGAGUAUCCUUUAAAGAUGACAGAGGCUACCGUCUUUGCUAUGUUAGGGUGUGUUUGGCUGUCGUCGGGCUUUAUCUCUUUCAUCCCUAUCUUCCUGGGAUGGUACACCACUAAACAACACAUGCAGUUUAGACUCCAUAAUCCAGAAACUUGUGAGUUUGUAGUCAAUAAAACGUAUGCCAUUAUUUCUUCCUGUGUUUCGUUUUGGAUACCAUGCUUUAUUAUGGUGUUCACCUAUUGGAAGAUAUACCUUGAGGCAAGCAGACAAGAACAGUUGCUUUACAAGUCUCAACUCGGACCGGGAAUAUUGCCACCGCCCAGUGCCCGCAGCAGCGCCGACAUGACGGCACGCAACAGUGCAGACCACAGUGCCACAGUCAAUUUGCUGGUUCCGCCAGGACACCGUAGCUCUUGUACCGAGGACCCUGAGAGUGGUCGUUCCACACCUACUAAAAAGGCUAUCAGCAAAAUGAAAAGAGAAUACAAAGCUGCUAAAACAUUGGGGAUUAUCAUGGGAGCCUUUGUUUUGUGCUGGCUACCGUUCUUUUUGUGGUACGUGUCAGUAACUUUGUGUGGAGAUCCCUGUCCUACCCCAGGGGUUGUCGUUGACACUCUUUUCUGGAUCGGUUACUUUAACUCCUGUUUGAAUCCCAUCAUCUAUGCUUAUUUUAAUCUGGAAUUUAGAGAAGCCUUUAAGGAGACACUUCGUACUAUUUGUUGUAGAUGCUGUUCCCCGAAAUGGGAAUAUAUUCAUAGACCUAGUAAUGCAAGCAAUGUCGACUGCACUCAUGUAUGAAAGCUUUGAUUAUGCACAGUUUAUCUAACUUUUAAUCGAUGUUGAUUGUAUAUGCUGCAAUUUUAUACCAAGAAAAUAAACAUUACUAGUGGUUAGCGGUUUAAUUUUGUCAAUUUUCGGGGGUUACUUUUUUCUGUCCAUAAGUCUGAGGAAAAGUUUGUACACUAAACUCAGGACGACCGAUAUCAAGAAGAUGUGAAUCUUCAACUUGAGUAAGACCUAAUCAGGGAUUUGUUCCUACAACUCAUUGUAUUAUUGUUCUAUUAGAAAACCACAUUGGGCUAUCUGGACUGAAAGCGUUGCAAGACCGUAGACAAGGAGAGAAACUACAUUAAAAAACAUUAAGAAUACAACAAGGAGUUUGGCUGUUUGAGAGUGUGAAAAGGAAUACUCACUGCAACACUAUAUUCAUCAAAUGUGUUCGAGUAACAAGAAUAACAAAACAGGAUUGGACAUUUUUUCAAAUAUACUUUAUGCGAUUUAAAAAUAUUAAUCAAAAUAAGUGGCUAAAACAGAUGAAACGACUUCUAAAUGUUUUAUGUAUAUUGAAGAGAUCAGUCGAGAUGAAUAAGUGAAAUAAGCAUUGAUAUAAAAUAAGACUGAUUAUUAAUAUUUAAACUGAUAUCUUACUAGAGAAAAAUAUUUUUAUUGAUGAUGAUAAUUUCCAGGAAAGACCUUAAGUAACACACUUCUUUAUAAAAUUAAAAGCUAGAUAAAAUAAAUGUUUAAAAUCCUUAACGAUGAUGCAAACUAAAUUUAGAAGAAUAUGAUUUAGACAUUAGUGUUGUCAAUUAACAUUCCUCCCCAAAGAUAGUCUUGUGUGGGCUGUAACAUAAUUGACAGUCAUAGCGAUAUAGACAUAACAACUUUUGUUUGUUUGUUUUUUUGAAUUUUGCGCAUAGCCGUCCCUAAUUUAGCAGUGAUAGACAAAA